UAGAAGCAAAGAAUUAGGUGUUAGGGUUCAUCAGACGCCAGCAACAAUACAAUGAGACCCCUGGACGAGGAAGAAACGACACACGUCUUCGAAAAGCUACACAAAUUCGUGGGAAACAAUCUGAAGAACAUAGUCGAGAACCCAUCUCACGAAGGACCCGACAACACUCCCGGUCGCUACUGCUUCCGUCUUCAGAGAAACAGAGUCUACUACGUAUCAGAAUCGCUGGUCAAACGAGCCACGAAUAUAAAGCGAGACAACUUAAUUGCACUUGGAACCCAAAUAGGCAAAUUCACAAAAGGAGGUAAAUUUCACCUGACUGUACAGUGCUUGGGUUUAUUGGCAGGUCACGCGAAGCACAAAGUUUGGUUAAAACCCACAUCUGAGAUGAGUUUUUUGUAUGGUAAUAAUGUAUUGAAAGGUGGGGUAGGGAGGAUUACUGAGAGUAUUAGCGAGCAUGAUGGGGUGGUGGUGUUUUCAAUGUCUGAUGUGCCGUUGGGAUUUGGAGUUGCGGCGAAGAGUACUCAAGAUUGUAGGAAGAUGGACCCAAAUGGAAUUGUAGUGCUUCAUCAGGCUGAUGUUGGAGAGUAUUUGAGAAUGGAAGAUGAGCUCUAAAUUAGAUUUUUAUUUUUUUUAAUUUAAGGUUUUUGGACGGUUUAUGCUUGUGUAAUCCAAUUUGGGUGUCGUUGUAGUAAGAGUUUUUGGUUUUGUGUUUUCACAGAACUUCUAUAUUGAAUGAGAUAAUUGUUUACUGGUUAAAUCA